CAUUUUUGUUCAUUACUUGUGAAACAUACAACGCGGUCAUGAAGCUGUUAUCAUUGCUUUUUUAUAUGUCUUGCCUAUUUUGUUUGGGAAUUUCCGCCAAUAAAUCAUCCAGUGAAUACUACAAUCCCGACGAAGAUCCCCAUCACCUGAUCCUUUGGGAAAACAAUUUUAACAAAAUUAAUACACUUUUAACAGAAACAGAAAAACUGAAUAACAACUUUUUGGAUAUAAACAAAAAAAUGGAAGCCAUGAAUAGAAGAAUUGAGGAUAUCUGGAAAAAAUUAGAGGAAGUAAGUCAAAAACAGGAUGAACAAACUACACAAUUACAAACUUUGAAGCCAACUACAAAGGAAGUGAUUAAACCUAGCUGUCAAGCUGCUGCUGCUAAAGAAAAACAGAAUGUUACCGCAAACUCUCAAUGGACUACCAUUUUGAGGCGUCAAGAUGGCUCUGUCGAUUUCUAUCGUAAUUGGACGGACUACAAGAAAGGCUUUGGAAAUUCACCAAAUGGUGAAUUUUUCAUAGGUUUGGAAAAAUUGCAUGAAUUGACUAAUAGUGGAUCUACGCAGGAGCUAACAAUCAUUUUGAGAGACUGGGAUAAUGAAGAACGUUAUGCAAAUUUUGAUAAUUUUAAAAUUGGCAAUGAAUCUGAAAAGUACAAAAUUGAAUCCUUGGGCAAAUAUACUGGUAAUGCUGAGGAUGCCAUGACUUUCCAUUUGGGAAAACCUUUUAGCACACAAGAUCGGAAUAAUGGUGAAGCCAAUUCUACUCAUUGUGCUCAGACAUGGCGUGGAGCAUGGUGGUUCAACAAUUGUUUUCACAGCCAUUUAUUUGGACCAUAUCGCCAGGAGAAGGAUAAAAAGAGCAAAGGCAUUAAUUGGAUGCAAUGGAAGGGCUUUGAAUAUUCCCUGAAGUUUGCCGAAAUGAAGAUACGUGCUAAGACAGAUAAAACAGAAAGUAAAUCUUAGAACGCAAAAUUUGGAACAGUGAAGUAAUCUGGAAAUUAUAUUGGGUUGCCCAGAAAGUAAUUGCGGAUUUUUUAAAAGAAAGUAAAUGCAUUUUUAAUAAAACUUAGAAUGAACUUUUAUCAAAUAUA